UGUCAGCAAACUGCCACGGUUCUAAGGAGAGGAAGCCGUGCACACCGUCUCCGGUUGUUCAGUUUAUCAGUAGCCGAAUUUCGUAAAACAGCAACUAUGGAGGAGGCAAAAAAUAAAGAGAAAAAGCAGUCCGAAAAGACCGAGGAAAAGGAGACUAAGCCCACCGGGAAGGACAAGGAUAAAAAAGAAGAGCAAGAACUGGUGAGUUGGGGCACUUUUCUAAACAUCUUGAACAAGGGAAGCAGAGCAGCGUUUUUGCCUGAGUCACUCACUGCCUGGUUGACAUGGUUGAACAGGCCGAAAGCGUUGUCAUUCAAAAUAAUAACGAACUAUUUGAGUCCCCUUUAUUGAUGAAAAGUAUGUCAUGGCUGGCUAAGUACGAGGUGCCAACAAUUAAGAUUAUUGUGUCCGACUGAAAGCGAGCUAUAAAACACGUAUACACCUAGCUAACGUUAGCAUAGCCGCUAGCUGGCUGUGCUAGCCGGUGCUAGGUAACGUUAGUGAAAUUAACUACCGAUAGGUAAUCUAAAAGUUAGCGAAGUAGUUAGCCAGCCAAGUUACAAUAAUGUAACGUUAGCUAGCUAAAUAACGUUAGUGUUGCAUUGUAAACAGUUCGUUAUCUCAGUUCGCUAAUGUUGUUAGCUGGUUAACGGUUAGCUACAGUACAGUACAGUAGCUAGUAACUUUGCAACUGCAGUAAAUUAACCUGCCUGUCGUUAUCAGAUUGUAUUUUUGAGACCGUCAGUGUAGCUACCUAUAUUUGUCAUGAUCAGUGAUCUUUGAUUGCGAGGUGGGUUUAGUUAUUACGUGUUAUUUGUUUAGCUAGUUAUUUACAUAUAUGGGUUUUUAAACUUAUUAGCGAGUACAUUAACAUUAGCCAAUUUCAGACACAAUAAAAAUGGAGGCAACGUUACCGACAUAGCUAGUUAUCAGGGCAACCCUACCAUCAGUCGACAAUGGUAUAGGACCGGUGAAUGACAGAAUGCUCCAAUAUCUAGCAGUUAGCAAAUUGCAGAGCCUUUUAUUGCAGUAGUUUCCUGUUGGAAGAACAGUCCUUUUACUGUUUACUGUGCAGGGUUCGGUUAUUCAAUUUCCCAACAUGGCAUGUUGAAUCUGUCAUACUGUAAUGUCAGUUCCUCUAUUCUCUCUCCAGUCUGAUGAGGACAAACAACUGCAAGAAGAGCUGGAGAUGAUGGUGGAGAGACUUGGUGUGAGUACCACUACCACAAGAACUGCUAAACCUCAAGUCUGGUUUUGCUUUGGACUCUCUGGGACUAUAGCUUAUUACAUUAUAAUUUUUUACUGUACAUAAGGCGUUAGUAUGGAGAGUCAGUCAUUUACACACACUGCAUUAAGUAUUUGGUGAUUAUGCAUAUAAAAUUACAUUCUUUGUACUUAUGCAAUGUACACCCCACCCCCUUUCUCUCUCUCUCACCCACCCACAGGAGACGGACACGUCUCUGUACCGGCCUGCUCUAGAGGAGCUGCGCAGGCAGAUCCGCUCCUCCACCACUUCCAUGACCUCUGUGCCUAAGCCCCUGAAGUUCCUGCGGCCACACUAUGGCAAGCUCAAAGAGAUCUACGAGGGCAUGGCGCCUGGCGAGAACAAGGUGCUAAAUGGCUAACUGUGAGAGUGGGGAAAACAGAAGACUGUCUCAACCACUGUAUUGCUUCCUUUCCCUGUCUGCUUUUACUUUAUAAGCAGAAAAUCAGGAUGGAUUUAUUUUACAAUGUUACUGGAGAUACAGAAAAUUAAACAAGUAUAGAUACAGUUGAAGUCGGAAGUUUACAUACACCUUAGCCAAAUACAUUUAAACUCAGUUUUUCAGAAUUCCUGACAUUUUAAUCCUAGUAAAUAUUCCCAGUCUUAGGUCAGUUAGGAUCACCACUUUAUUUUAAGAAUGUGAAAUGUCAGAAUAAUAGUAGAGAGUGAUUUAUUUCAGCUUUUAUUUCUUUCAUCACAUUCCCAGUGGGUCAGAAGUUUACAUAUACUCAAUUAGUAUUUGGUAGCAUUGCCUUUAAAUUGUUUAACUUGUGUCAAAUGUUUCGGGUAGCCUUCCACAAGCUUCCCACAAUAAGUUGGGUGAAUUUUGGCCCAUUCCUCCUGACAGAGCUGGUAUAACUGAGUCAGGUUUGUAGGCCUCCUUGCUCGAACACGCUUUUUCAGUUCUGCCCACAAAUGUUCUAUAGGAUUGAGGUCAGGGCUUUGUGAUGGCCACUCCAAUACCUUGACUUAGUUGUCCUUAAGCCAUUUUUCCACAACUUUGGAAGUAUGCUUGGGGUCAUUGUCCAUUUGGAAGACCCAUUUGCGACCAAGCUUUAACUUCCUGACUGAUGUCUUGAGAUGUUGCAUCAAUAUAUCCAUAUAAUUUUCCUUCCUCAUGAUGCCAUCUAUUUUGUGAAGUGCACCAGUCCCUCCUGCAGCAAAGCACCCCCACAGCAUGAUGCUGCCACCCCCGUACUUUACGGUUGGGAGGGUGUUCUUCGGCUUGCAAGCAACCCCCUUUUUCCUCCAAACAUAACAAAGGUCAUUAUGGCCAAACAGUUCUAUUUUUGUUUCAUCAGACCAGAGGACAUUUCUCCAAAAAGUACGAUCUUUGUCCCCAUGUGCAGUUGCAAACCGUAGUCUGGCUUUUUUUUGGCGGUUUUGUAGCAGUGGCUUCUUCCUUGCUGAGCGGCCUUUCAGGUUAUGUCGAUAUAGGACUCAUUUUACUGUGGAUAUAGAUACUUUUGUACCUGUUUCCUCCAGCAUCUUCACAAGGUCCUUUGCUGUUCUGGGAUUGAUUUGCACUUUUCGCACCAAAGUACGUUCAUCUCUAGGAGACAGAACGUGUCUCCUUCCUGAGCGGUAUACUUGCGUACUAUUGUUUGUACAGAUGAACGUGGUACCUUCAGGCGUUUGGAAAUUGCUCCCAAGGUUGAACCUUUCUUUUCAUUUUCCCAUGAUGUCAAGCAAAGAGGCACUGAGUUUGAAGGUAGGCCUUGAAAUACAUCCACAGGUACACCUCCAAUUGACUCAAAUGAUGUCAAUUAGGCUAAAGCCAUGACAUCAUUUUCUGGAAUUUUCCAAGCUGUUUAAAGGCACAAUCAACUUAGUGUAUGUAUAAUUCUGACCCACUGGAAUUGUGAUACAGUGAAUUAUAAGUGAAAUAAUCUGUCUGUAAACAAUUGUUGGAAAAAUUACUUGUGUCAUGCACAAAGUAGAUGUCCUAACUGACUUGCCAAAACUAUUUUUUUAUUUUUUAUUUAACCAGGUAAGCCAGUUGAGAACAAGUUCUCAUUUACAACUGCGACCUGGCCAAGACAAAGCAAAGCAGUGCGAUUUAAAAACAACAACACAGAGUUACAUAUGCGGUAAACAAAACAUAAAGUCAAAAAUACAAACAGAAAAUAUAUAUACAGUGUGUGCGAAUGUAGUAAGUUAUGGAGGUAAGGCAAUAUAGUGCAAAAUAGUUACAAUUUCGUAUUAACACUGGAAAGAUAGAUGUGCAAAAUAUGAUGUGCAAAUAGAGAUACUGGGGUGCAAAAUAAAUAACAAUAUGGGGAUGAGGUAGUUUGGUGGGCUAAUUUCAGAAUGGCUGUGUACAGGUGCAGUGAUCUGUAAGCUGCUCUGAUAACUGACACUUAAAGUUAGUGAGGGAGAUAAGAGUCUCCAGCUUCAGAGAUUUUUGCAGUUCGUUCCAGUCAUUGGCAGCAGAGAACUGGAAGGAAUGGCGGCCAAAGGAGGUGUUGGCUUUGGGGAUGACCAGUGAGAUAUACCUGCUGGAGCGCAGACUACGGGUGGGUGUUGCUAUGGUGACCAGUGAGCUAUGGUAAGACGGGGAUUUGCCUAGCAGUGAUUUAUAGAUUACCUGGAGCCAGUGGGUUUGGCGACGAAUAUGUAGUGAGGGCCAGCCAACAAGAGCGUACAGGUCACAAUGGUGGGUAGUAUAUGGGGCUUUGGUGACAAAACGGAUGGCACUGUGAUAGACUACAUCCAAUUUGCUGAGUAGAGUGUUGGAGGCUAUUUUGUAAAUGACAUCGCCGAAGUCAAGGAUCGGUAGGAUAGUCAGUAAUACGAGGGCAUGUUUGGCAGCAUGAGUGAAGGAGGCUUUGUUGCGAAAUAGGAAGCCGAUUCUAGAUCUAACUUUGGAUUGGAGAUUCUUAAUGUGAGUCUGGAAGGAGAGUUUACAGUCUAACCAGACACCUAGGUAUUUGUAGUUGUCCACAUACUCUAGGUCAGACCCGUCGAGAGUAGUGAUUCUAGUCGGGUGGGCGGGUGCAAGCAGCAUUCGGUUGAAGAGCAUGCAUUUAGUUUUACUAGUGUUUAAGAGCAGUUGAAAAACUAUAGUUUGUUAACAAGAAAUGUGUGAAGUGGUUGAAAAACAAGUUUUAAUGACUCCAACCUAAGUGUAUGUAAACUUCUGACUUCAACUGUACCUAGUAUAUUGGACAUCGCAGAUUUGGAUGGCACUAGGGAUUCAUGUUCAGAUGGACCCAUCAUAACUGUCAUUAUAGAAACGUCUAGCUAACUCCUGUCUGUUUUGUUUUGCAGAGUUUCUGUGCGGACGUAGUGUCGGUCUUGGCCAUGACAAUGAGUGGGGAGCGGGAGUGUCUGAAGUACCGUCUGCUGGGCUCCCAGGAGGAGCUGGCGUCCUGGGGACAUGAAUACGUCAGGUAGGAUACGGGACACCAAUUCAAACGUCUAACAACACACACGGGUGAAUCCUACCUUCUACUUAAGUAGAAUUUUCACUUAGUCAUGCAUUGAUAACAAUGGAAGACUAAGUAAAAAUUAGACUGAAAUGGAAGUUAGGAUUCACCUCAGUCAUUCCAUACCUGGCAGGAGUAGGCAGUUUGUUUGGUCUGACCUAGGGCUUUGACGAUACCAGUAUGGUGAUAUUUUUUUGCCUGGCAAAAAUGCAAACACAAAGCAGACUGACUCUUUGGUUCUUUAAAAACCUGCUGUGUGUCAAAUAUUGUGUGCUAUAGCUUGGAAAAUAAAUAAAUGUGUGUCUGGAUGACAACGUAAGGAUGUUUCUUUCCAACAUUCGGGCUGUUUCCUAAAGAAGUUAAAUCUGCUUUGUGUUUUCUUUCAUUUCCGCGAAACUGGUAUCAUCCCGGUCCUAGUCUGACCCAAACUCUGUGUGUGUGUGUGUAGGCACCUGGCGGGCGAGGUGGCCAAGGAGUGGCAGGAGGUUGAGGAGAGUGAUAAGACGCAACAGGAAACUCUGCUGAAGCUGGUGAAGGAGAUUGUGCCCUACAACAUGGCCCACAACGCUGAGCACGAGGCCUGUGACCUGCUGAUGGAGAUCGAGAGGCUAGAGAUGCUGGAGCUCUACAUAGAUGAUAAUGCAUACGCCAAGGUCUGCCUCUACCUCACCAGGUGAGUGGACAACACACACCUUACCACGUGAGGGGCAAACAUAUGUACCUUCACACACACACACACACGUUCAAACACCUGUACCACAGUCUGCUUCUGCCUCAACAUACCUGUAGUGUGCUAACAGCAGCCUGAAGAGACAAAAGGAAGUUCCUCUCAUCAGUAAUCCUAAACCCCUCUGUCAUCUCUCUCUUUCUCUCUCUCCAUUGCAGCUGUGUGAGCUACGUCCCUGAGCCAGAGAACUCUGCCCUGUUAAAGUGUUCCCUGAACAUCUUCAGGAAGUUUAACCGUUACCCAGAGGCCCUGAGGCUGGCCCUGAUGCUCAACGACGUGGAACUGGUGGAGAACAUCUUCACCUCCUGCAAAGACAUGUAAGGACUGACACAACACCUUCGCUGCACUCUCUCUCACACUGAAUUAUCUCACAGCAACACUUUGGCAAAAAGUGCUACCUACAGGUAACUGCCAAAUACUUGAGUAAAUGAGGGAUACAAAGUAUAUUGAAAGCAGGUGCUUCCAUGGAAGCACAGGUGUGGUUCCAAAGUUAAUUAAUUCUUAAAAGUCUAAGCUGUUGAGGGGUGGUUCUAAGCUGACAUAUGGAAUUGUUUUAAGAUGGUCAUACUAUAGAUCAUUUAUCUAUUUGAUUAUAAAUGUUCGGACCCCUGUAAGUAUUGAAAACAAUGUGUUUUUUAAAUAAAAUAUUGAAUUUGGCCUUUUACUACUAUAGACCAGAGAAACUCGUUGAAUAACACAUUCAUAAAUGGCAAAAAAAGAGAAGAAACAAGGUUUUUAAGUGUUUGUCUUAUAUCUAGGAGGUAAAAAAGCUCAGGAAAUGUAUAUAUAUUUUUUUACACAUUUAACCAUUUUUUUUGGGUAGGCACAAACCUACCUACCUUCAUACCUCCAUUCAUAAAAAUAAAAAACCGGUACCGGUUACGUUCAGACGACUCCCAUGUACUUGGGGGGUUUGGGGGGGGGGGUCGUAGAGCAAAACGGAGAACACUAUCGUGUUCAUGAGAUUCUCCCCUUUCCAUUGAGUGGUCAUAGUAGGUUGCUACAGACGUUUUUGUGAGAAGAUUUUUGGGAUGUGUCAUGGUCUGACCAACACCGCUCUAGCUCUGCCACCUUUCACCGCAGAUGCGGACGUGCGACAUCGGCGGAUGAGGUGGAUUGAGAUGCAUCUAAUGCAAAAAAACGAACAUAUCUAUAGCUUAAACUGGGGGAUUUGGAUGGGGAUUGUUUUAUUAUGUUACUUAGAUUGACGCAAUUAAAACAUCUCAUCAUGCUUAGGGUUGCCCAUUAUUUUGGCUACCAUGGCUAGAAGAGAUCUUAGUGACUUUGAAAGAGGGGUCUCAAAGGAGCAUAGGGGGUUUAAAGAGGUCUGUGUGUGUGUCUCCGUCACCAUAUCUCAAUCCAGUUGAACACUUAUGGGAGAUUCUGGAGCGGCACCUGAGACAGCGUUUUCCAUCAACAAAACACAAAAUUAUGGAAUUUCUCAUGGAAUAAAUGGCAUCCCUCCAAUAGCGUUCCAGACACUUGUAAAAUCUAUACCAAGGCGCAUUGAAGCUGUUCUGGCAGCUCGUGGUGGCCCAACACCCUAUUACGACACUAUGUUGGUGUUUCCCUUAUUUUGGCAGUUCCCUGUAUAACCUAUAGUGGUAAACAGUUUUCUUUCUAGUCAUUAUUCACAUUUUCAACUGACCGUCAUUGGGAAUGCAUUCAGCAGUGUGUUCCGUAGUUAAUGAUGUGCUUGAAGAGUUGACCGUUUAGUGGGUGUUUCCUGUAGCGUGAUCCAAAAGGAGAUGGCCUUCAUGCUGGGCCGACACGGCAUGUUCCUGGAGCUCAACGAGGACGUGGAGGACUACGAGGACCUGACGGAGAUCAUGUCUAACGUCCAGCUCAACAGCAACUUCCUGGCCCUGGCCCGAGAGGUGAGGAGAGAGGGAGGGUUAUAGGAGGGUAGAUGGGUAGACUACUAGAGAGAGGGGAGUGGGUUGGAAGAGUGUGAGACUGUUUAGAGCAGGAGUGAGGACAGUGGGGACUGAGUGUAUGUUGGAGAGGGGGAGAAGGUGUUUAGAGUAGGGCUAAGGAGAGAGGACGAGUAGAGAUGAGUCAGAGGACCGUUCUCUAUUUGAUAUUGUUGAGAGGGGGAAAUGGAGGAGGCUUGAAGAAGGUACUAAGAGGCGAGUGAAAGAGUUGUGUGGGGGUCAGGGUGGGAGAAUAAUGGAUAAUGGUGCAAAGAGUGAGAGAAGAGAUAAGGCUGGAGGAUAAUGAACUGCUGGCUGGUCUAGUGAAUAAACCAAUUAGUGAAAGAGAUGAAGCGAGCCAGUAACACACUGUUCCCUUUCUUUACAGUUGGACAUCAUGGAACCCAAAGUCCCAGAUGACAUCUACAAAACCCACCUGGAGAACAACCGUGAGUUCUCCUUCACUACAGCAGCACACUAAUUGUCCUGGUCGUGUUAUAUCACACUCCUCUUUCCUCAUCCUCCCUCUCAUCAUGCCAUCUUCUCUCUGUCAGGGUUUGGAGGAAGUGGUUCCCAGGUGGACUCUGCUCGUAUGAACCUGGCCUCCUCGUUUGUCAACGGCUUCGUCAACGCAGGGUUCGGACAGGACAAGCUGCUCACAGACGACGGCAACAAAUGGCUGUACAAGAACAAAGAUCAUGGUGAGAAACCCACACACAGUCUCCCAUCCCUGUCUUCAAAUCGGGCUCAUGAUUCACAUUUGGUGCAUUUGACUGAACAUUUUUAAUGUUUGGGGGUUCGACAGUGAAUACCAGUCUCAUGAAUCUAGGAUUCUUAGCAGCAACUUAAUGUAUCACCUUCAUUGCUAAUCCUUAAUUGCAAGCACAGUAACAAAAAUAACAUAUUGCUGUUAUGUAAAUGUUGAUGCUAAUUCUGUGUUUCUCUCCAGGUAUGAUGAGUGCUGCAGCCUCUCUGGGGAUGAUCCUGCUGUGGGAUGUGGACGGUGGUCUGACACAGAUAGACAAGUACCUCUACUCCUCAGAGGACUACAUUAAGGUCAGCGCACACACUGACCCUCUUACCAAACACCCUGCAUUAAAACCUUCUCCCCGCAACCUUCACAGCAUCCAGAAAAGCCCUAAACAUCCUAUUAAUGUAGAUAUGUCUCCCUCUCUUUCUCGUCCCUCCUCUCUCUCCCUGUAGUCGGGGGCCCUCCUGGCUUGUGGCAUAGUGAACUCUGGGGUGAGGAACGAGUGUGACCCGGCCCUGGCCUUGCUGUCAGACUACGUCCUCCACAACAGCAACAUCAUGCGGAUAGGAGCCAUCUUCGGGUAAGGAGAGAAGGAAAUGUGUGUUCAGUCCCAAAUCAACCCCUAGCCACUACUGCCUGACACCUCUUACACAUGAAAGACCUUCAUUGAGGUCUGUUUAGUCCUUUCUUAGCACAGUGUAAUCUCUGCCUGUGAAAAGUACUUGUUUUAGGUAGGGUUUGUCCCCCUGACCUUCCCCUCUAUCUUCAGCCUGGGCCUGGCGUACGCUGGCUCGAACCGCGAGGACGUCCUCUCUCUGCUGCUGCCCGUCAUGGUAGACUCCAAGUCCAGCAUGGAGGUACUCUGUGUGUGUGUGUGUGUGUGUGUGUGUGUGUAGUUCCACAGUUUGUCUGGGUUUAAGUCAAGUACACAUCCACACUCAUUAAACCCAGCUCACUGUCCCAUGUUACGUGUCUUGUCACACACACUCAGGUGGCAGGUGUGACCGCGCUGGCGUGCGGUAUGAUCGCGGUGGGCUCGUGUAAUGGUGACGUCACCUCCACCAUCGUCCAGACCAUCAUGGAGAAGAGUGAGCUGGAGCUGAAAGACACAUAUGCCCGCUGGCUGCCGCUGGGCCUGGGCCUCAACCACCUGGGUAAAGGGGAGGCCAUUGAGACCACCCUGGCAGCGCUGCAGGUGGUGCCUGAGCCCUUCCGCAGCUUCGCCAACACACUGGUGGACGUCUGUGCCUACGCAGGUCAGUCUCAUCAUAGCUCCAGCUUUAUCAUUUUGUCUCCCAAUUGUCUUUUGUUUUUUUAUUUGAUUGACAUAUAAUGUAUUUAUACAGGUGAUCUCAUUGGGAUUUACAAGAGAUGGCUUUCCUGUAUUUAUCUCUUGUUUCCCGCCAUGCCAGGUUCUGGUAACGUACUGAAGGUGCAGCAGCUGCUCCACAUCUGCAGUGAGCACUAUGAAGCCAAGGAGAAGGAGGAGGAAAAAGACAAGAAGGACAAGAAGGACAAAGACAAGAAGGAGAGUGCAGCCGACAUGGGCUCCCACCAGGUAUGCCAGGCUUCUGUUAAUGAAGCGGUGUCAGGUAGCCUAGCGUUUUAAGAGCGUUGGGCCAGUAACCGAAAGGUCGCCGGUUUGAAUCUCAGAGCCGACUAGGUGAAAAAUCGGUUGGUGCCCUUGAGCAAGGCACUUAACCCUAAUUGCACCUGUAAGUCGCUCUGGAUAAGAGUGUCUGCUAAAUGACAAAAUGUUAAAUAUAAUCAAAUGAGUGGUAUGAAUGAAGAUUUGAUAUUUAACUAAUCUGCUCUCUGCUUCCCCCUCCCAGGGUGUGGCUGUCUUGGGUAUUGCACUCAUUGCCAUGGGAGAAGAGAUUGGCUCAGAGAUGGCACUACGGGCGUUUGGACACCUGGUCAGUAUAACCUCUGACCUGUUCACUCCAUUUGGCUUCAACACAUUUUCAGGACAUUGAUUUAGCCCCUGUCUCUUUCACUCGAUCCGACCAUCCCACGUCAAACUGUUUCUCUUUCUCUCUCCAUUGUGUUUUCCUUCUCCACCUCACUCACUCUCCUAGUUGCGGUAUGGAGAGCCUACUCUGAGGCGUGCGGUGCCUCUGGCCUUGGCCCUGAUCUCCGUGUCGAAUCCUCGCCUCAACAUCCUGGACACACUCAGCAAGUUCUCCCAUGAUGCUGACCCAGAGGUCUCCCACAACUCCAUCUUUGCCAUGGGCAUGGUGGGCAGCGGUGAGUGGGCCCUGGCAUUACUGGUUAAUGGGCUCUAUUGUGUGCCUGCUGUCUGGAACCCAAUCAGUCAGUGGCUUCAUUAUUAUAUUGAGAUGUUCAAAGUUAUUUUGAUUUGCCUCACUAAGUUAUCACAAUGUUCCUCUGUAAUUAUUCCUUGUCCUUGAAUAAGAAACAGACCGUAAAGCUGUGAAUUCACUGUGCCAGAUGACAAAGUAUGAGACCUUCUAUACUGACUGCGUCUCAAGCUGUGGUUGGUUGCCAUGAGGACUCACGGCUCCAUCUCUCUGUCCGCAGGAACAAACAAUGCCCGCCUGGCUGCCAUGCUGAGGCAGCUGGCUCAGUACCAUGCCAAAGACCCCAACAACCUCUUCAUGGUCCGACUGGCACAGGUGGGUAGCAAAAAGAGGUUCCGCUCUGGCACUCUAACCUGUGUGUUAGAGAGAGAGUAUGUGUCUCUGUGUCUCUAAACGCUUGCUCUGUGCCAUGUCCACAGGGUCUGACUCACCUGGGUAAAGGGACAUUGACGCUGUGUCCGUACCACAGUGACAGGCAGCUGAUGAGUCAGGUAGCCGUGGCCGGACUACUCACUGUCCUCGUCUCCUUCCUUGACGUUAAGAACAGUGAGUCCUUUCUCAUUGCUCUACCUACUUCACCAUUCCUUUUUAUUUGCCUCUCCCUCCCCCCCAUAUUUCCACAUCCUUGUGUUUUAGGGUUGGGGGUGAUGUCCAUUUCUGUUGUCAUUUGAGGAAGUGAACUGAAUUUCAAUGUAUGGAUGGAAAAUUCCACAUAGAAAACAAUUAGCAAUUGUUCAACUCCUGAAUGGCAUUGGCCUUUGCCCAGCUAGUUUCAUUGUCCUCCUUUUAUAUUGGUUAGUAAGUCUGCUGAAUGUCUUAACCUGGGUCUGAGUGUUUGGCUGUUUGUGUUGACAUCACCCCCUGCUGUUUCCUGUGUGUGCUCCAGUAAUCCUGGGGAAGUCUCACUACGUUCUCUAUGGCCUGGUGGCUGCCAUGCAGCCCCGUAUGCUGGUCACCUUCGACGAGGAGCUGAGGCCGCUGCCCGUGUCCGUCAGGGUGGGACAGGUAAGGACUGCUGCUCACACUAUGCUCUUUAAUAAGAGCCUGGGUGAUUAGCUUCAUAUUCAAAAUAUAAUACUAGUUGAGGAUGUAGCUAGAUGGUGUGACGAAGGCCGAAAAGUCAGCACGAUAUGACGCAAUGCUUUGCAAGUGAAAUGUGCUGGAGAUUCCUUUCAUUUUAACUAUGGUUGAACAUCUCUAAUGCAAAGUAACGUCUAGAUGUGCAAGUGCUUUUUAAUCUCAAGAUUAGGAUGUAAUGCCAUAAGAUGGUAGAGUGGACUUGGCCUCAUGGUUCAUGUAUGUAAUUGGUCUAUAGGCGGUGGACGUGGUUGGCCAGGCCGGUAAGCCCAAAGCCAUCACAGGUUUCCAGACCCACACCACGCCGGUGCUCCUGGCUCACGGAGAGAGGGCAGAGUUGGCCACAGAGGAGUACCUCCCUGUCACCCCUAUCCUGGAGGGCUUUGUCAUCCUCCGCAAGAACCCCAACUACGAUGCCUAGAUUGCCCCCUAUUGUCCUCCCCUGGUACCCACAUUGGUAGCCCUCCCUGGCUCU